AUGCUCAUGUUCCGCUUUUGGGGUUCAGACUCUAGGGGAAGCGAUAAGACUGAGCAGAUCCACCAGUCCAUGUUUGACUUUGGCAAAGCAGGACAACCUUUAGUGUCAGCAACUUCAGUGACCAACUCAGCGCGAUCGCCAAAGCGUCGGAGGCAAAGCAACGCAGCGAUAGCGUCGCACAACGCUGCUACCUCUCCCGCGGUGAAGCGGCCGAGGGAAGAUGACGCGACUUUUCCUAGGAAGAAGAUAGCCGUGGCGAAAGUGGAGGAUGGGUAUGCGCCGCAACCAGCAUCAAAAAUGGUCGACCUUGAACGCGCGAGAGAGGUGAUUCAACUUGAAUUCAAUCACGCCAUCUUACUCAAGCACGACGAACUACGUUUGAUUAACCAGGAAAUCGCAAAAUGCCAGAUUGCUCUCGAGCAGUUACGUCGAUGUCACCUGAUCCCGUAUCCCGUGAACGUUCCUACACCCAAUCAGAUGCUGAACAUCAGCAAUGGGUCAGGGCCUGCGGUGCAUGAGAAGUCGGGCGAUACAUUGCCUCAGUGGGCUCCGCCAUUUGGCAUCACUGAAGGGCCAUACGCGCGACAUUACGCCAAGUGGCUCAUUCCAGAUCCCAAAUUCGACGGUAUUCAGCCCGAGGUGCCCACGCAAGCUGAGUCAAGUCGGUUCAGGAGUUCGAUGGAAGGCAGAACGACGAGACAUGGUGUCGCAGAGGUAGGCGGUCUUCAUGGCAAGGGUCGGGCCGCUCGCGGGAAUGUCGGUCACAAGCUGCAAUCCCUAUCAAGUGGUUACCCACAACCAAAGGACAAAGCCGGGCCUUGCGUCCUGAAGCGCGGUAGUGAUGGCAAGACUGUCAAGCUUGUCUGCUUAGACUGUAAUAGGGAGAACUUUUCGAGCACUCAGGGAUUCAUCAAUCACUGUCGAAUAGCGCACAAACGGGAUUUCAAGAGCCAUGAGGAAGCAGCUGUUGCUUGCGGUCAUCCUAUCGAGGUUAGUGAAGGGCCUGUCGCCACGGUCAGCAACAGCAACAGCAGCGGCGCACACCCGAUGGGCCUUGCGAAUGGACUCGUGCAUCCUUUUGCACGGGAGGAUGCGAUGUCUGAAGCAUGCUCGUCAGUCGUUGCUCGCAUCGAAAGUUUAAUGGAACUUUAUCGAAACGGGCAACUGCCUGGAGUCACAUCGAUACCAGGUGUGCCAAACAGUUCAGCAGGCAAAACACUGUCGCCGCCGUCCAAAUUUUCGGCGUCAUCUGACUCGCCUCAUCUGUCCCGUCUCCUUCAGGAGCGUGGAGUAAAUAUGAAUCUGGGUGAACUGGUUCGCGAUGCUAAGACCAAAGUGGAUUUUGCCCUUAUCUCUUCUCCUGAGGAUGAAGACGAAGAGACGGAUGCUAGCCCUGUGUCACCCAAUGGUGUUAUCAGCCAGCAAGCGCCGUCACUAGUGCCUGGAAUGCGCGUGCCCGCUCGCACAGCAAUUUCACCGGUGCCUGUUCCUUCUGUUCCCCGUCCAUCGAGUAGCAAAGGUCGCAUUUCGACUGUGCCUUACGCCACUCCUUUGCCUACUCCUGCUCCGCGAACUAUGUCCGAGCAUGAGCCAGAAAUCGGCAUCGACGAUAUGGACAUGGACAUGAGCCCUAACACCGUCAGUAACAAUGCGCCAUCACUUGUUAGUGACGAUGGCGAGUACGAUGAUUCAGUCGACGGCUCAUCUGAUGAGGCGGAAGUGAACGAUGACCUUGACGCCGAGUCGGUCUCCGAUGUCGCUGAAAUCGGUUUCGAUGACGAUCACGUCGGAGGAAGGUCUAUGGGACAUCAUCGGGCCUCAAGUGGUGCGGGGACUGGCACAACUGUGCGGUUGCACAAGGAGGACAGCAAACAUGUCACCUUUGUGAGCCCUGUCAAGGAUAACGCGAACCAACGACGGGGUCGGCGGGUGAACUGA